UUUAGAGUCAUUACUUUUGCACCUUAAAAACGAGAAAGUGCAUUUUUUUAGAAAGUUGGUCCAACAUAAUAGUAGUCUUCCAGAGGCAACUCGGCUAAGGAUUACAGAGGGGUAUCGUGGAGCAGUUCGGGACAAUGUGAGGGCAACACAGAGAAACCUUGGUUAUGAAGACAUGGCAAAAUAUGUGAUAAUGCGACCAAAGAGGAAGUCAUCAGGCCACACAGAUUUCAGAGUUCAUGUCUUACAGCUGAAAUUGAAUGAUUUCACAGACCCUGACAGAGUUAUUCGUCUAGGUCUCACUGAGCGUAUGCAGCCUCACAUGCAUGUGAUGGCUGACCUACAGUCACUGUUUACAUCCAGACAAGAGAACAUUUCAGAGGAACGCCAGCAAAUUUAUGAUCUCUCAGAAUGUUCUUGCAUCAAACAAUGGCUCCUUGCUGAAACUGAUAGCAAAUUCCAGGUCAUUUGCUAUCCACAAGAAGUUGUUUUACAAGAUGGUGAGAAGGUCUGUGUCGUCAGUAUGCUGAAGUCAAAACUGAGAGCUUUGUCAAAUGUAAACUCCUUUCAGAACAUUCUGUUUCUGCUGGGCCCUGUAGACAAAGAGGUUAUCAACUAUGCAGUAUACUGCAGGAAGGUCCUGAGGAUGGUAUUGCAGAAAUGUACACCCUCCACCACCACCUCCAACACCACCCCUGCAACCACAUCGAUCUAUUGUGUCAUUGACAUUAGUGGACCAGGCUGUCACCAUUUGAGAGAUGAAAUCCUUCCAGUUCUCAGGGAAGAUGCUCGACAAUUCUCAUUCCUCACUUGGUCAAAUCCAGAACAGGCACCUGUGUCUUGUCUUAUUGUGAAGGUUGUCAGGAAAAAAGAAGCAAUAGAUUCCCAUGUGUUGAAUACUGACAAACCUGAACAGACUGCCAGGAAGAGACUACACCUAGGGGGUUCUUCUGAGAAGCCAACAAAGAAAAAGCACAAGAUGUAACAUUUUUUAUGUCAUUAAUAAGAAGGCUUUGCUGGUAAAGUUGGAUUCUCAAUCAGACAUGAUAAUGAGAAUUUGGAUGGUAUGGUAUGGUAACUGUGUAAAACAACAUGAACUGCCACAGUGGCAUUGAUAGGUGUCAACACGCUGAUUGUCACUUCUCAUGGAAGAGAAAAAUAGUAGUAAAAAAAUCUGAUGUCCUUCUCAUGGUAGGUUGAACAGAAUUAUAUAAUACUUCAUCUUUUGUAUUUUGUUUUAUCCAAUCAGACAAUAUAGUACAAUUUUCUUUGUCUAAUUUUGUUUAAAAGCAUUGUCUUUUAUGUCUAUGUUCUCAGAAAGCUACAGUUUUGAUGAAACUUUUGUCACCUGGUUUUGAAAUCAUAUCUUUAUUUUCUGAUUUUUUUACCUUAGCAAUGUUUUGAUAGGCAUUCUUUUAACCUUUUUCUUAUUGUAUAAAAAAUUACCUUUUUGUAGCA